AGUUAACACUAACAACUAACCUACCGCUAACCUACAGCUACUAGACAAACUCUAAACCUGAUGUACUUGGGUACUUUUUCACACCGCCCUUUAUCGGCAAAGUACUCCCCGCGGCAGAAUUCCUCCAAAUUCGACAACUUUUUUUUCUGGGUCCAAAGUCAAUUGCAGCUAAGUAGAUCUUUUUAUGGUUCACACCUCUAAUACCUAACAGGUUGAGCAGAGUUUCCGGAAUUUCAUUUAGAGGCUCACCGUAUUAUCCAAUAACACUAUCUCAAUCUAGUAUUCAUUUUACUAGAUUUUAAUCCUUCAGAAUGGAAGCUAGCGAUCCAGCUCCCUGGAAGAAGCUCGACCCGGAGAAGCUUCGUCGCGAUGCCGAAGCCAAAGAGGCUAAGCUUAAGAGACAACAAGAGCAGCGAAUCGCAAGAUCCGAAGCCCGCAAGGAGAAGCGCCAUGCCAAAUCCGAAGCUAAGCAAGCGCGAAAGGCAAACGUCGGCCGUGCUGCUAAAUGGAACACUGAACGCAAAGCAGCCGACAAGUUGAAGAAAUUAGCCAACCGACCGCACAAGCAAGAGAAGCGACGCAAGCGAUUACGCCUACGCGCUCAGAAAUUGGAGGCGCAAGCUAUUAAGCUAAUGGCCGAGGCGCAGAAAGCCAAGGCCCGUGCCGAUCUUCUAGACGAGCAGCGCGAGAAAGAGGAUGCCGAGAAGAACAAGGUGUCUCGUGAGGUUGAGAAGAUGGCAGCCGACUCCGAGGACGAGAACUAUAUUCCUCUGGAUGACCGCAAGCCCAAGCGUCCUAAAACAGAGGAAGUAGAUAGUGAAGAUAGUGACGACAGUGAAGACAGUGAAGAUGAUGCGCCCCCCAAGAAGGAAAAGAAGCACAAGAAGAAAAAGGACGAGAAGAAGGCCGAGAAGCGUAAGCGCAAGGCCGAAGAAGAAGAAGAAGAUGAGCGUGACUCUAGCGACUCAUCCGAUGCCGAUGUCGCGGGUGGUGUGGAACUACCUAAGGAGGAAAAGAAGAAGAAGAAGAAGAAGAGAAAGUUAGAGAAGGCCGCCGGGGAGGCUAGUGUUCAAGAAGAAGUUGAGACGCGAAAGGAAAAGAAGGAUAAGAAGAAGAAGAGAAAGGAGAAGGAACAGGCCGAGGAGUGCGUGUCGUCCACCACAGUCGAAGCUGGAGGAAAUACUAACGGCGGCGAGCAGUGGAACGCCCAAGCACUAGACGGUGAUGCCAAGAGGAAGGAGAAAUUCCUCCGCCUUCUCGGUGCCAAGAAACCCAACGGUACGACAGACGCAGGGGGUCAUAACGCACCCUCCACGUCAAAGGCGUAUAUCGACCGAGUCCAACACGACCUAGAGCGGCAGUACGAUAUGGGGAUGAGGAUGAAAAAUGAAGGCCAGGGGCAGAAGAGGGGCCUUGGAGCGUGAUUCAUCGUAGU